AUCUGAAGAGCUCAAACAGCAAACGGAGCGAGAUGUGUGUCCUCUUCCUGAUUUGUGUCAGAUUUGACCUCAAAGCUCUAUCAUUUGCUGAACAGCUGUCAAUCAUCUCACAUGGUUCAAUGUGCACUGUGGCAGUAGUAAUGCAAUAUUUAGAAAAUGUACUCUUGAUACGCAAGUGUUUUUAAAAACAAGUACUUCAGUACUUUUACUUAAGUAGACAUCUGACUGUAGUACUUUUACUUGUACUUGAGAAAAAUUUAGCAAGGGGUAUCUGUACUUUUACUCAAGUAAUGAAGCUGUGUACUCUGUCCGCCUCUAUCUGCUACCUGUUAACCACUUCUACCUUUGGUUAAACUUUAACUCAUUCAUACUUCCUGUUCUACCUGGGUGGUGGAUUUAUCUGUGUCACGUCUUUCAGUUUAUUUAUUGCUUUACUCUUGUCUGUUUUUGUGCCUCAGCUGUUUUUGAGCUAUUGUUGCUGUAUCUGUCUGUGUGCAGCGUAAUGGCAGAAGCGAGUGUUUCUUUGGCUCAGGAUCAGUUCAGUUGUUCAAUCUGUUUGGAUCUACUGAAGAAUCCUGUGACCAUUCCCUGUGGACACAGUUACUGUAUGAGCUGUAUUACAGACUACUGGGAUCAAAAGAGAUACUACAGCUGCCCUCAGUGCAGACAGACCUUCACUAAAAGACCUGUUUUAGGUAAAAACACCAUGCUGGCUGAAGUGGUGGAGAAACUGAAGAUGACUAAACUACAAGAUGCUCGUCCUGAUCACUGUUAUGCUGAACCUGGAGAUGUGGAGUGUGACGUCUGUACUGAGAGAAAACACAAAGCUGUCAAGUCCUGUCUGGUGUGUCUGAACUCUUACUGUCAAAAUCAUCUUGAACAACAUGAGAAUUUAUUCAAAGGCAAGAAGCACAACCUGAUAGAUGCCACUGGACGACUUCAGCAGAUGAUCUGCCCUCAACAUGAGAAGCUGUUAGAGUUUUACUGUAAAACUGAUCAGCAGUUUAUAUGUCUACGGUGUAUGGUGGGCAACCAUAAAAAUCACCAAACUAUAUCAGCUAAAGAUGAGAGGACAGAGAAACGGAAAGAACUGAAGGAGACACAGAGAAAAUACCAGCAGAGAAUCCAGGAGAGCCAGAAGAAGCUUCAGGAGCUGAGAGAUGCUGUGGAGACUCAUAAGCGCUCUGCACAGACAGCAGUGGACGACACUGAGAGGAUCUUUACUCAACUGAUCCGAUCCAUUGAGAGAAGACGAUCUGAGGUGACACAGCUGAUCAGAGAUCAGGAAAAGACUGCAGUGAGUGAAGCUGAAGGACUCUUGAAGCGACUGGAGCAGGAGAUUGAUGAUCUGAGGAGGAGAGACGCUGAGCUGGAGCAGCUUUCACACACAGAUGAUCACAUUCAUUUCCUCCAGAGUUUCAAAUCUGUCCCUCUUGAAUCUACAAACUCUGUCAAUCCUCUUUCCUGUUUUGAUGAAUCUGUGUUUCAUCUGAGAGAGAAACUGGAAAAUUUAUGUAGAGAAGAGAUUAAAACAAUAUCUGAUCAAGUAAUUAAUAUUACGACAAUGGAGCUCCAAAUCCGGCAGGAGAUCCUAAAAUAUUUUCGUCAGUUCACACUGGAUCCAAACGCAGCACAUAAACGUCUCUGUCUUUCUGAGGGGAACAGAGUGAUUACUAACACUAACACAAUCCAGCUGUAUCCUGAUCAUCCAGACAGAUUUGAUUUUUAUCCUCAGGUGUUGUGUAGUGAGAGUGUGAGUGGACGCUGUUACUGGGAGGUUGAGUGGAGUGGUAUGGUGUUAAUAUCAGUGUCAUAUAAGAGCAUCAGCAGGAAGGGAGACAGUGAUGAUUGUCGGUUUGGACGUAAUGAUCAGUCCUGGUGUUUGUACUGCUCUGACUCCAGUUGUUCAUUCUGGCACAAUAACAUUGAGACUAAACUCCCAGUAGUGCUCAGAUCUUCUAGAAUAGGAGUUUAUGUGGAUCACAGUGCAGGAUCUCUGUCCUUCUACAGCGUCUCUGACACAAUGACCCCCAUCCACAGAGUCCAGAUCACAUUCACUAAACCUCUCUAUCCUGGGUUUAGAUUGGUUAAUAUUGCACGACAAUCAAAUUUUUUUUUAAUCAAAAGACAAUCAAAAGUAAAACUGUGCGACUAUAGCUUGUGCCAGUAGCGAUCCGUGACUCUUGAACCUAGGCCUCUAACAAUUACAGCAAAUGUGUAAUUGCUCUUCUUUGUCCGCUUUGACUUAACGGCUGAUGAUUUUGCUUCCUUCUUUGUGAAGAAAACAAAUACUAUCAGCAGUCAGUUCUCCAAACCGCCGCUUCUUGUGCAUGCUCAAACCUCUGAGGAAUGCUCGCUUUCCUCCUUCUUUCUCCUGUCUGAACUGGACGUUUCCAAAGUCUUUGCUUUUUACCAUCCUACUACCUGCCCGCUAGAUCCCAUACCCACCCAUCUCCUUCAGGCCAUCUCUCCGUCAGUUAUCCCUGUUCUCACCCACAUUAUCAAUGGAUCUCUUUUCACUGGUACCUUCCCCGCAGCAUUUAAAGUCGCCCGGAUAACCCCGCUGCUGAUUCUGCAACCCACACUCAAUUCUGCUAUGCUAGAGAACUACAGACCCGUUUUUCUUCUUCCCUUCAUUGCCAAGACUCUUAAACGUGUGGUGUUUGACCAGCUCUCUUCUUUCUUCAAACAAAAUAACCUCCUGGAUAGCAAUCAGUCUGGUUUCAAAAGCGGUCACUCCACUGAGACUGCGCUGCUCUCAGUCAUUGAAGCCCUAACGCCGGCAAGAGCAGCCUCCAAAUCUUCUCUGCUGAUCUUACUGGAUCUAUCUGCCGUGUUUGACAAACAAAACUUAUCAUUAAGUUAGUGAUAACAGAGCCCACCCAAUCAGAGCGACAAUAUGAUUAGUCUGUUUUUCUGUCACUUCAAAUGAGUCUUUGAUUAAUUUACUAUUGCCUUGUCCUCUGUAAUUUCACAGCUGCACCACCAAUCACAGAGUGUGUUUUGUGACGCUGCACAGACCAAUGAGCAGGCAUCUAAAUACGAAUAACUUGAGAUUAGACUUCUCUGCAUGCUUUCAAAUCGCUCUCGUUGUACUUCGCCAUGAGCCGAAUGGUCUGCAAUGCAAUUGUGAUGGAGGGAACUGGCCAACAUUUAUUAUGAAUAAAAUGUAAUACGUUUUAUGUUAAAUGUUAUUUGUAACAAAGUUCAGAUGUUGAGAUCUUCUUUGAGGGCCUACAGGGUCAGUAACUGACUGGAGCAGUUUUAAUGUUGGUGAUGAAUUAGUAACAGUGAGAUAUUAACAUGAGAUUUUAUUACAUAAGAUAAAUAACAUAAAUUUGUAUUAUUCUCAAAUCUUUGAUUAAUCAGAUGAAUUAAUGCUUAUAAUGUAAAAGUGGCAAAAUUAUAAGAUAACAUAAAUUGACAAUAACAGCACAAAAUUAUUCAUUAUGUUACUUAUGUGAAAAUUAUUUCUUUCUUAAUGUAAAUAAAGCAUUUGGAAUCAAGACA